GGCUUCAUAGACAAGUACUCAACACCUCAAAGCUCUUACAACGACCCUGAAAUAGACACGACUAUAAUCAUACGCGCGAUUCACGUCGUUACAUCCAAGUUUAAUUACCCAGCCUCGCACCGCCAUCCAAUCCCAACAGUCACACUUGAAUCUGUCGCGCGAUCAACGCUGACCACCAGUAACAACCAUCUACAACCAUCAUGGGCAAAUUAACGAGCACAAUCGGUAUUCCGAUCAAGUUGUUGAAUGAAGCGCAGGGCCACGUCGUCACGCUGGAAAUCACGUCGGGACAAGUAUAUCGGGGAAAAUUACUUGAAGCCGAAGAUAACAUGAACGUCCAACUCAAAGAUAUCACAGUCACCGCUCGCGACGGCCGAGUCUCACAUCUCGAUCAAGUGUAUAUUCGUGGAAGUCAUGUGCGCUUCUUUAUUGUACCAGAUAUGUUGAGGAAUGCACCUAUGUUCCGUACUCGUGGUCAACGUGGUAGAGGUGUUGGUUUGGCGCGUGGUAAAGCUACUGUUAACAGAGCUCGGGGUCAGCGACGAGGUUAAAUUGAGUGCGUCUGUUUGAGGUUCUUUCACGUUAUGGGUUGGUUUCAGUUCGAUAUCGCGCGGUCUUGUGUUCGUCUUACGAUUAUCCUUUCCGUGGGUCGACGAAGUACUGAGAGGGUUCAUAUUUCUAUCAAUAUACAACCUAAUUUUGCGGAAAUAGUGGCUAGGACCUCGCUUCCUUUGCAGGCUUUCUACGGCGCAGCAAAAUGAUAUGGAGCACGAGUUGGAUAUUGGAUUAACUGGGAGAGUACGCGAGACCAGCGACGUACCGAUCACAUUAUAUUUCUUAGAUCAAAUCAAAAAGGAAGGAGUCUAUGUGUUGUGUUUCUGUGAGCUUCUUGCAAUCGAAGUGUACCAUUAUUUCUGAAGAAUAGAAUAUUGAUUCAACAUGAGGAAUUUGCAUCC